UAAGACAGUACAGGGUCAGCUAAGUUUCUGCAAUCCAAUGUCUGAGUAAAGGCUCACAACAUGCGCUGCAAACUCAAAGUCUCUCUCAAACACACAUUAAAGCACUGUACUUAUAUGGCUACAGACCACAAAAGUCAUCUUAACAUUCACUUCCUGUAUAGCAUUUCUGGUGUGUGUGGGGGGCCUAAGAAGGUUUAAUCACUUCACAUGCAUCAGCUACAGUGUCACACACGGAAAUCAAGAGUCAAUUGUCCUUAUAUAUAUAUUUUCUCCUUUUUGUUGCCUUAGUAACAUUAAAUCAAAGUUGCAGUUUAGAGUUGAGGAACUUAGAAGGAGACAUAACAGCAGAUGCAGAUACUCACUACCGUAUCUAGGUGCGAUGGAGGAUUUUUCUAAACAUUCAGGCAUCAAAAGGACCUUUUCUCUGAUAUGCUACAUGUUCUGGAUUCUCUCACCAGCAGAAGGAAACACCAUCUCUAAGUUGGUUGGCAGAAGAGUGACCCUGCACUGUAAGAACACAUCAAUUAGUACGCUCAGUCAGCUGACAUGGAAAAUGAACGGGAAUCUACUCUUCAGUUUCAGACCAAACUUCACCUUACACACCAGUAAUACAUCUUCCAAACUGAGCAUAAACAUGUCUCUGUCAGAGAGCCAACUGUACGCACUGGUCAUAGAGAGAGUCCAGAAGUCUCACACAGGAAACUACACCUGUGAGACCAACACUCUGACAGGACUUUGGGAAGAGAAGUGGGAGCUGAUAAUUACAGAGGGCGAGGAAGCUGAACAUCGAAAAAUUAUACAGUUUGCUGUGGUAAUUGGUGUUCCCUGCGUGAGUUGCCUAAUCUUAAUAAUUGCUGUGAUUGUUCUGCGAAGAGUCUACAAACAGCGUGCAGAAAAUAACGAUCAUUCUCCCACUGCAGACAUGCAGCAGGAGGAGCCAGCUGAAGUUAUUUAUGAUAACUGCCUGAACAAUCUUCAACAUCCUUGCUACAAUCAAUCUUACCAUUACAAACCCAGGGCUCACUGAUAUGAAGGGCAGUCCAACAAUCUAAAAGGGGAAUACCAAAAGGAAGCGAGUACUGGAAGUUGGCAACAAUCCAUGUUUCUGGAGUAGAAACACAUUGUAAACACCUUCUGUAGCAGUGAAGUAUUUUUUUUUAAACUUUUUAAAAACUUCUUUCUUAAGUAAUGUACUGUAUGUAAUAAAGAGCAUAAUAUUUGCUCAAAGCUG